AUGCGGAAGAAGUUGGCAGCAUGUGCAGUGCAUUGCAUUGCUACCCUCUCAGACACUUACCCUCUUCGCUCCAUGAUGGAUGAGAGGCUUCUCAAACGGGCUGAACCCCAUGCCUGCUCUGCCACCUUGAUGACCCCCGCUAUGCAGGGGAAAGUCAAGAGCACUGUUAUGGAGGUGGAUGAGCAUGUCCACACCUUAACUGAGAGCUUUGAGCCCUUUGUGCCCAAAGCUUGCCCUGGUGACCGGUUACUGGACCGCCUUGCAGACCAUCUCUGCUUUGAUGAGCACGAUCCUACCCAGGAUAGGCACCCAUAUCUCAACAGGCUCAUCGCUAAUGCGAGGGCCGAUUCCUUAACAAUACUGGCCAUGGCUGAUGGUUCUGUUCCUCAGUCUAACCAGUAUCAGGUGACUUUGGCUGCCAUCAUUUACAAGGGACAUUGUGAGCUCAACAGGACUUGCUAUGUCUCUGGCAGAGUUACCGCACCUGAUGCAGAGCUCAAUGCCAUUGUGUGUGCAGUGCGCCUUGCAGUCAAGCAGGCAAACUGCUGA